ACUGUUGUGUAUUUUCUAUCAUUUUAAUACAAACACACUAGUCGCCAGCACGCAUUCAUUCAAUAAACAAUUUUUGUAAGAGUAAAGUCUCAAAAAAUAAAAACUAAAAUAUUAGAUAGACCAACGCGACCAGAGUACGUUCAUUAAAAACACGCGAAAAGCAAAAGUAGUCUGUCGCAGAAGCGGGUGUGAGCGGAGAGUCGGAACAAGCGUAAAAGUGCACAAAAAACAUAAACUGAAACUAACAUUUUAUUACUUAAUCAAUAUUAAAAAAGAAGAAAAGACUAAGUUAAAACUAAGUUCAAAGUAUAAUUUAUUGCACUAGCUUAUUAAUUAUACAAAAAAUGGACAAGAAAUUACACAGUGGUAUCCACCAUCCUACUCUGCGUUUGCUGCAGGAAUCUGGUUGUGAGAUUACUCCCCAUAAUUUAAUGUAUCCGGUGUUUUUGGUGUGUGAUGAUGACAGUUUCCAACCCAUUGCCAGUAUGCCCGGUCAGGCAAGAAUGGGUGUCAAUGUACUGAGAGAUCAUUUGACUCCUUUGGUUGCUAAGGGCUUAAGUUCUGUUUUACUUUUUGGUGUAGUCGAUUGCGCAAUGAAAGAUGAAAACGCCACACAUGCCGAUUCCAAAGAAAAUCCUGUUGUCAAGGCCUUACCUUUGCUUAGACAAUGGUUCCCUAAUCUCUUAAUAGCCUGUGAUGUCUGUCUGUGUCCCUAUAUGUCACAUGGUCAUUGUGGCAUUUUGGAUGAAGGCGGUCUAAAGAAUGCUGAAAGCAUUAAACGUUUAGCGGAGGUAGCUGUAGCAUAUGGCAAAGCUGGUGCCCAUAUAGUGGCUCCUUCCGAUAUGAUGGAUAACCGCAUUAAAGCAAUUAAAGAAGGUCUGAUUGCCAACAACUUGGAAAAUCGUGUUUCUUUACUCUCUUACUCGGCAAAAUUCGCUUCGAAUUUCUAUGGACCCUUUAGAGAUGCAGCUCAGUCGGCUCCAGCUUUUGGUGAUCGUAGAUGUUAUCAACUGCCCAGUGGCUCUAAGGGUUUGGCAAUGCGUGCUGUUCAACGUGAUGUUGUUGAGGGAGCCGAUAUGUUAAUGGUCAAACCAGGCAUGCCUUAUUUGGACAUUUUAAGACAAACUAAAGACACCUACCCCAGCCAUCCUUUAUAUGUGUAUCAAGUAUCGGGUGAAUAUGCCAUGUUAUAUUAUGCGGCUGAGCAUGGUGCCUUUGAUUUGAAGCAGGCUUUAAUGGAAUCUAUGAAAGGCUUUAGACGUGCUGGUGCCGAUUGCAUAAUCACCUAUUUUACACCUCAAAUUUUGGACAUUUUGGAAGAAGAAAAAUGAUGGUUGGUAAAGGAAACAUCAGUUGAGGGUGGUGAUGUUAAAAAGGUGGUUAAUUAAAUUUAAAUUAAGUUACUUAAUUUCCUUAAACUGAUUGUUUUGAGGAAAAAAGUUAAAGUUUUUUUAAAAAUGGCCCAUAGAAAAAUUACAAAUUUCUAGCAUGAGUGCAAUAAAAACUUUUCCCUUUAAGUUAAAAUUUUGUUUCAAAAAGUAUAAUUUUUAAAUUUGAUAUAAAACUGAGUAUCUUACAAUUUUAAACGGCUUUAACUUUUUUUCUACAAACAAACCGAAAUAAAAACUUAAUUAUUAUGCAAUUUAUAUUUUAGACCAUUUAUUAUAGACAAUAAUAAAAUAUACACUAAUUCAUAUGUACAUUACAAACAUAAACAAAAUUUCGUCAUCUUUUAUUCAUUUUUUAAUUUCAUCCAAUUUUUGCAUGUCAUCGUUAUAAGUUUCUAUGAAUUAAUUGUUGUACAAAAACUUAAAGUCAAAAUAUAGUCUAUUGUUGUAUUAAACCGUAAUCAGCAAUUAUUAUCUGCAAGUGCCCAAUUGUUGUAUACAAAAAACAAGAAAUGUUAGUGCAUUAUGCAAUUUUAGAAGUGUUUUCAAACAAAUUUGUUUGGAACAUUGUUUAAUAUUGGUAUUUUUCAAAAAAUAUAUUUUUAGCAACAGAGUUUCGUUGCGUUAGUGUUUGUAUGUGUAAUUAAUAUAAUUUGCUACAACUACAAAUAAAAUUAAAUAAAAUAAUUAUUAUUUUUACAAGAGAUUUUUCGAAAAAUGAAAAAAUCUUUGUUGGGUUAUAUUUUACCGCAACAGGAAUUAUUUAAAAUUUCAGCAACUUUUUCGUGAUAUUAUUUCUACAUUUAUCAAGCACUUUAAAACAUUCUGUUUGAUUUUAUUAUAAAAAGGUCUUGCACUUCAUUAGCAUUUGUUUGUUUAUAUAUUCAUUAAAUACUUUAAGGAAAGUUUGCAAAUUGUUUGUGUUUUAUUCGAAAACAUAUCCAGAAGUUUUAUUUUAGAAUUAAAAUUUAUCAGUACGUGAGUUUGCAUCAUGUUAAAACAUUCGUUUUUUUUUUGUGAAUGAAUCAUUUAAAAGCUUAAA